AUGCAAUAAAAUAGUUAUAAGGCGAAUGCAGGAAUUGGUGUCACUUUUAAUACUAAUUUGCCGACAUCUUAAGUUUUGAAAUAGAUUGCACAAAAUAAAGAUUAGACAUAGUAAAAUAAAUAAGCGUAGGAUUAAGAAUUAGCUUUGAUAGCAUAAUAGACAGAUCAUCUAAGAAAAAGAAUCUCAAACAUUUUUGAUUUACCUAUUAAGCUCAAGAAAACAUAAAACUUUAUGAUUGAGGAUAUUGGAUUAAAGGUGGAUUACCUCUUCAAAAAAUCUCAUCUAAAUUAAGGCAAUGUUGACUAUUUGAGUGAUCACAUUAAAAGGUUGGGAGACAGGAUCAAUCAAGAGAUGAAGAAAAAAUAAGAGUAAUAUCAUUCUAGCAUUAAAAUUGAUAAUUUUCGAAAUUUUUCGUAAAUUUAACAAGAGUUCUAAAAAAAUAAAUAAAUAUAUAAUUCCUUUUACAAAACCGAACUGAAGACAACAGUUAGACAGAAGGAAAGGUUGGUAGAUAUACUCACUUCUUCAAACAGAACUGAAAAAUUAGUGUCACAUGAAAUUUAGCUAAAUUAAUAUAAUGAAGCAAUUCUGGAAAAAUUAUUUAUAGAUAAUCAUUUAUAUUAAGUGCUUUCAAAUUUCAUCAAAAACAAGAAUGAUCUAUCAAUAUAUGAGAAGCUGUUUAGAACACUGGAGCUUUUCGAAACAAAUCAUAAUGUGGAGAUGAGAUUAUUAGCAGAUUAAUUUAAGAAUAUAUCAAAUACAUUGAAUUAAUAACAAAAAUGUGAGAAGAUAAUUCGCAAUACAGUAGCCCAUUUAGAGAGUGAAAUGCUUAAAUAAGUAGGUCAUUUGGACUUAUAGAAUUUGAAUAGAAAAUUCAAAGAGUUUUACCUUCCUUAUUUACAAACCACUGAAUUGUAUUAAAUAGGGCAGUUUUUUCCGAGUGGAAUCCUCUUUUUAUUGAUGAGAUGCGGAAAAGCUAAUGAGGCUUAAAAGAUCCUUUCUGGGUUGAUAUCAAGUGAUUAAAGGAUUGCUUAAUAAUUCUUAAGUUUUUUCGAUUUACAGAAGUAAGAAAUUCUGAAUCAAAAUGAUGUUGAGGAGAAAUCAAGACAACAAUGUUGUGAUAUAUUGUUGCAAUAAUGUUAUUGGUUAUUAUUAGAUGUGAGUGAUGCUUACGAUGUAUUUGAAUAAACCUAAUUUCAAAAAGAUAGGGACUUUUACAUUUGGUUAACAUUGAAGACCACUCAUUGUUCUGAUUAAUUUGUGGUCUAUGAAAGAUCUGAACAAGAAUCAAAAAAGGCUUUCUUUCAUUGGAAACUUAUAGAUCUUCAUGAAACCAUACCACAAUCUACAGUAAGUCUAAGAAUCAAUAUUAUUUUGUAAAGAUAUGACUACAUUUUGAGUGAAUUAUAUAAGUACUAAAAUCAAUGUCUUUCAUAGGUAGAAUAUUUUAUAUUAGAUACAGUUCUUUCAGAUUUGCAUAUGAAAACAUAGCAAAAUGCUUAGGCUGAAAAGCAAAAAAAGUUUGUUAUUGAUAACCUUGUUAAUUUCACAUAAAAUAAGCAUCCUCUUAUUUCUUGUUUAAUAAUGAGUGUUUGUUCCUAUAAUAUUGAAGCCAUUGCUAACUUAUUAUAGAAGUCUAAUCAUGUUACGUAGGUUCUGAAUGAAAAAAAUGUCAGAGAUAACCUCGAAAUCAUCUUUGGAAAAGAAGAAUUACUAAACAUUACCAAUGAAAUGAUCAAUUUGUUCUUUGAAAAGAAUCUACAUAAUUCAUUAAAAGAAUUUUAAUAGCAAUUGGAAAAAUCAUACACUAUGAAUUAGAUUAAUGAUUGUCACACAAUCCUGAUCUUGAAGUUAGAUGAAAUGAGUGUCUAUUUGAAGUAAUUAUUAAAUUAAAAUUCUGAAAUCCUUUUAGAAACAGCAAUUUACCUAUAUCAUGAAACAUAACUAGUAUUUAUCCUAAGUUGUUUGAUUGUCAACUAAUACUGCAUAAUUAGAUUAGGGUCUUAAAUUGAAAAGAGACAAUUGCAAGCAAAGAAUCUUGAAAACCUACAUUCAAAAAUUAAGAGUUGUGCAAAAGAAUCCAAAUUAUUUAAAUAUUUCUAUCGAUUCCAAUUGAUCGAAAUAUUUUAAUAAGCCUAUUUGUCUAUGCGAUAGGAAUCAAUCAAUCUAAAUGAAAUUAAUCAAACUCUAUUUAAUAUGAAUAUUAAGGAGUUAACCAAAAGUUUGAUUGAGAAUAAGCAAGUUCAUUUGAUAAAGAUCGUCUUUUGGCAGAUAUUACUAUUGAUUGACUAAAAGAAAUGCAAUGACAAAUCUCACUUCAUUGAAAAAAUAAAAGAAUUGAAUGAAGCAUUGCUGAAAUUCCCAGAAAGCCAGGGAAUUAAGAUUUGCAGGGAAGAUGUUCAAUUUUCAUAAAUUAUUGUCGAUAUUUUGAAUUCUUAUUCAAAGGUGUUAAAGAUGUAUUGAGCUCUGUCCUUCUGUGAUUAAAUUAUUAUAAAUUAAUUU